GUUUCUGGGUUUUUCGGCAUCUGCAAACAGCACAAGUGUUGCAUGUUGUUUGACUUCAGGUUUGGAAAAUGGCCUCUGGAUAUUGUGUCAGGGUGUUCUUGCUCUCACUAUUAGCAUUUGGGCCACAUGCAAAGGCACUGAGCUACAGAAGCAGAGGGGCUGGUAUCAUUAAACCUUACUUUGACCAGGCUGAAGGCUUUUCAGGCAGCCACAAACCUGAUUCAGCCUCUCCAAAAUAUGAGAGCCCUGCACAGCCUGGAGGUUUUAUAGGUAGCUCUGGACCCAGUUAUCCCAACACAGGUUCAUUUGAGAACCUGAAGCCUGCUGGUACUAAAGGUUAUAGUGGUUCUUAUGGUAGGGAAGUAGAUGGAUACAGUCCAGACGGAAGUGUGUCUAGUUACAGGCGUGCAAAACCCAGAGACAACCCACAGCAGCCAAGUGUACUCCAGACCAAAGCUGGCAUGUGGGAUAUUGCUGCUUCACAGAAUGGAAUAGGAUUUGGCUCAGGUAUCGCUUCAAGUUAUGGAAUUGAGAUGGCUUCAGAUCACCAGUCUGAGACCAGGCUGCAGAAACCCAGCUACCUGGAUCAGGCCCAGCCCCAGCCCAGCUAUCCGGGCAAGCCUCAGCUCCAGCCGAGGUCCCAGCAGCCCAGCUACCCGGGCAAACCCCAACCGAGGCCCCAGCGGCCCAGCUACCCUGCUCAACCCCAACCGAGGCCCCAGCGGCCAAGCUACCCUGCUCAGCCCCAGCCCCAAGCUACCCUGCUCAGCCCCAACCCCAACCGAGGCCCCAGCGGCCCAGCUACCCUGCUCAGCCCCAACCCCAACCGAGGCCCCAGCGGCCCAGCUACCCUGCUCAGCCCCAACCCCAACCGAGGCCCCAGCGGCCCAGCUACCCGGGCCAGCCCCAGCCAAGCUACCCUGCUCAACCCCAGCCUGAGCAGCCCAGCUACCUGGGCAAACCCCCUCUGA